AACACUUAAGGACGAAUUUUCUAAUAGUUGUUGCGAGUUCUUACAGAAGCGCAAUGAAAUCUCUGGUGGUAUUGAUAGUAGCGACACUAACCUAUGGUACUCACACAUCCCACGUGGUACCACUUGGUGUGACAGUUGGUCUAACACCAUACUCCCACCCAAUUAGCUCACUUUACCACAGUCAAGACAUUAUCGGGCAGUACGCUUAUGGUUACGCCACCCCGACUAGUACCAAAGCCGAGACCAAAACCGCUGAUGGGGUGACCCAUGGUGGGUACUCCUACAUCGACUCCAACGGGAUCCUCCAAACGGUCCAAUACACAGCUGAUCCCAUCCAUGGGUUCCGAGUCGCUGCUACCAACCUCCCUCAGGACGUACCGGAAGUGGCCUAUGCCAAAGCCAAACAUUUGGCCGAUUUUAACGCCAUUGCUGCCCAUAAUGCGAACCCAGCGGUGGUACCACAAGACUUACCGGAAGUGGUUCAAGCCCGCGCCAGACACUUGGCGACCUUGCAAGCCGCUUACGCUGGUACCACCGCUCCUGAACCAGUCCAAGACCUACCAGAAGUGGUCAAAGCACGAGCCGAACAUUUAGCUGCAGUAGCGGAGGUUCGAGCCCGAGAUGCUGCCAUUCAUUUAAGUCCGGUUGAAGUGACCGGAAAUGUGGUACCGGUGCAAACAGUAGCCGCUGUUGGUACUCCCAUUUCGUACCCGGCGAUUUCGGGACAGUACCACUCCCAGGAUGGGUUUGGGCAGUACUCGUAUGGGUAUGUGGGCCCUUUGAGCUCCAAAAGUGAGACCAAAACGGCCGAUGGGGUUACCAGAGGAGGGUACUCUUAUAUUGAUGCUAAUGGGGUACUACAAACAGUGCAUUACAUUUCCGAUCCGGUUAAUGGUUUUCGAGUCGCAGCCACGAAUCUUCCCCAAGGGCCAAGUCAAGGACUAGUACCACAAAAAAUUGCUAAAGUAGUACCAGGGAUUUAUACGCAUGAAGUUUACUAUUAGCGUGAUUGCGUAAUUAAUUAGUUUGUAACUUUACUUUGAUUGGUUUAAAUAUGUAACAUGCUAAUAAAUAAUAAAUUAUGUUUUUAUUGA